AUGACUACCGCCCACAGACCCACCUUCGAUCCGGCACAAGGAAAAGAGGCUCUCCGGGGCCCAGCCUACCACCAAAGACUCCUUCCCGCACACACCCACCUGAAAGUCCGACAACCCGGACAAGGUGGUGAUGCCGACCACGAAGUUCGCGACCUCCGCGCCGAGCUCCUCCAGGCCGAGGCCGCGCACUUUGCCAAGAAGAACGGUGUCCCUCGGCAACUGGAAUCAACACCCGCGAAUGCAGACCUAGACACAGCAAACGGCGAGACGGCGGAAGAUCCCGAGGCGAAGCGAAGGCGUAUUCUGGAAGAAUCGCGUGAUAUCGAUGCGGACUCGGAUGGAUCGGAAGAAGAUAGCAGCGACGAGGAAAGUGAUUCCGAGGACGAAGCCGCGGAUUUGAUGCGCGAGCUGGAGAAAAUCAAGAAAGAGCGGGCGGCACAGAAGGAGAAAGAGGAGCAAGAACUUGCCGCCGAGGAAGAGGAGAAGCGCGAGGUUGAUAUUGCCCGCGGCAACCCGCUGCUGAACUCGCAGGAUUUCAACAUGAAGCGUCGCUGGGACGAUGAUGUGGUGUUCAAGAACCAGUCCCGUGGGUCUGAGAAGAAGGAUGGUCAGGAGUUUGUUAACGAUCUGCUGCGUUCUGACUUCCACAAGAGAUUCAUGUCUAAAUACGUUCGAUAA